GUGGUGGUAGAAGAUUUUCCAGUGAGUGUGUGCAAUUGUGAUAGUGAUGUCUGAAAUAAUUGAUGUUUCUGUAAUAUUGUACUAUUUAUACUUUUCCAACGCAUUCAGCUUAAUUUCCAGUAAACCUCUCAAGUUAUUUACCAGAUCUUUUUUAGCUUAAGCAUGUCGUAAUGCUCCAAAGACGCUGUCAAACUGUGUAAACCUUGUGUUUGUUUCCUUCUUUAUUUUUGAAGGUUAUGGUGGCAUGAUAAUGCCAGCUGUCAAAAUCAUUAAUGGUUACAAAUCCUGACAAUUUUAAUCAUGGGGAAUAUUCGGGAAUACCCGUAGAAGAUAGCAGUACACAUGCGGAAACAAAGAUGACACUUCCCACACACGUAACUCGAAAAUGGGAGCUAUUUCCGGGCAGGAAUCGGUUUUGGUGCGACGGGCGAAUUAUGAUGGCCCCCCAAACAAGUGUCUUUUUCGUCACUGUCAGUCUCAUAUGUGUCACUUCAACGUUAUUCUUCUACUUUGAUUGCCCGUACCUUACAAUACACCUGUCACCGGCCGUACCAGCCGUGGGCGGAUUCCUGUUUUUGUUCGUGAUGGCGGCGCUGUUAAGAACUAGUUUCAGCGAUCCCGGCGUUAUACCACGUGCUACCAGUCACGAGGCUGCAUAUAUCGAGAAACAAAUUGAGGUUCCAAACAGUGCAAACUCACUGAUGUACCGGCCACCGCCCCGAACGAAAGAGGUGAUGGUGAAGGGCCAGCCUGUCAAGUUGAAAUACUGCUUCACCUGUAAGAUAUUCAGGCCACCCCGUGCCAGUCACUGCAGUCUCUGCGACAACUGUGUAGAGAGAUUCGACCACCAUUGCCCUUGGGUGGGUAACUGCGUGGGGAGGAGGAAUUAUAGAUAUUUUUACAUGUUUAUAGUAUCGCUAGCUUUUUUAUGUGUCUUCAUAUUAACGUGCUCGGUAACGCAUCUAAUACUAAUAACGAAAGAAGAUAAUAAGAUAUUCUUGGAGGCGGUACAAGAGUCGCCCAUAAGUAUAAUAGUAGUCAUAGUUUGUUUCUUUAGCGUUUGGAGCAUCAUAGGGUUGGCCGGGUUCCACACAUACCUUGUCUCCUCCAAUCAGACUACAAACGAAGAUAUAAAAGGAUCGUUCACUUCGAAACGAGGCCAGUCCAAUUUCAACCCGUACAGUCAGGGCAACGUCUGCUCUAACUGUUGUCACGUUUUGUGUGGGCCUGUACCUCCCAGUCUCAUCGACCGCCGUGCUUUGGUCACUGACAUGACAGAGUAUCAGAAACAGGAGGGUGGUGGAGGGAGAGGAAGAGGAGGAGGAGAGGGAGGAGUCAGCAAUCAACAGCAGGCGGGUGGUGGAGGGGGAAACACAGUGACCACCAAUAACAGGUCGUAUGGCGCCACAUGUCCUCCCAACACGCAUCAUGACAGUGCCACUGCUCCACCCACAAAUACAUUCCAAAACGGCCUAAACGCUCAGCUAGGUUGCAACCUGGCCACUACUACCUCAACGGAAAACAUCAGCUUGUCCCCGCCACAAUCACCAUCACUGCAUGCAACAAGCUGCAACAACAUUGCAACAAGUCCCGGCGCAGGCGCAAGUUGCAACAACAUUGCAACCACACCGUCCAUCAAUGGAAGUGACUCAAGCAGUCUACGUCUGACCGCUACAACACAUCCCACCAUUGCUUCUCCCUCUAAUGGCGUCGCACCAAAAAUGGACCUAAGCGACCUUGAUCUGGACGACCUAGACGAGGUGAUGGUGAUGACGUCACCUUCGCCAUCAGCUGGCGCUGGUAGUCAUCAGCUGAGUGCGAGUCGGCUGAGACUGCUGCAAGACACCACGAUGAUUGAGUCGGCUCUCGACCUGGACUCCCUGGAGGAGAGCUGCACCUCCUCAGUGGGUGCCUCCAGUCAGGCUGGCCUCCUCAGGAGGGGUGACGUCAUGACUAGCUGAUUCGUCUACAACUGAUGAUUUUCCAUAACUCCUGUAGCAGAUUCAUCAGAGAUUUUGUUGCAUUCUUCAUUGUGUAUCACGACCCUGCAACACAACUACAGUUGUGUAUCACCAUUCUUCAACUCCACUGCAUUGUGUAUCAAAGCCAUGUAACGCAACUGCAGUUGCGUUUCACGAUCUUGCAACGCAACUGCAGUUGUGUAUCACCAUUCUUCAACUCCACUGCAUUGUGUAUCGAAUCCAUGUAACGCAGCUGUAGUUGCGUAUCACGAUCUUGCAAUGCAACUGCAGUUGUGUAUCACCAUUCUUCAACUCCACUGCAUUCUGUAUCAAAGCCAUGUUACGCAGCUGUAGUCGCGUAUCAUCAUUCUUCAAUAAUUCCACUGCAUUGUGUAUCAAAUCCAUGUAACGGAAACUGUAGUUGCGUAUCACGAUCUUGCAACGCUAAAAACCUUCAGCCUUAUCAAGGAACUACAACGUUCUAACAAUUAUGUGAUAGAAUUGCAUCACCAAUAUUAAUUAUUUAUAAGUAAUCACGCAUUUUUUAUUCUAAUUUAUAGUUUAUUGUAUGAAUAUUAAUCGCUAUUUGUGACUAGAGUAGUUUGUAUAUUUGUUGUAAAAAUGGCAUAUUUAUGAUUAACAUGUUUGUUAUAAAUAAUACGUUUGUAUAUAAGCUGGAGACUGUGGAACGAUUAUAAAAUAAAUUAAAUAAUCAUGAAAUAUAAAUUAUAAAAUUGACAAAAAUAAGCCUUGGACUGUGAAUAGUCCAAAAGUGCCUUUUCAAUUCAGUAGGAAAAUACAUACUGAGUUUGAAAUAUCAUUAGCUACUGAAAGCUAUUUCACAUAUACUGAUUGAUAUCAGUACAACUAAACCUGUAUUAUAAUAUCAACCUUAUUUUCAAAAAUUUUAAUAAAAACAUAAAUUUUAUCAGACAAUUUUAGUCCAAAGUCAAAUUUAUAUAGAUUCUUUGAGAUUUGGAGGGAAGUGUUCAGAGAAUACUUUAGAACUGAUCAAUGAAAAUAAUAAUUUGAAUUUUUCAUUAAGGUUUUUUUCAUUUUAUUAAACUGUCAGUUAUGACUAUAAAUAAAAUUCAUGCUCCUCAUUUAAACAAUUGAGACAGUUUGAAGUGUUUUGCUCCAUAGCAAUUUAUUAUCUUACUAUUAUUAAAGCAAUAAUUAUUUUACUCUUAUUGCAAAUUUAUAAAAAUUUUGUGUGAUUUAGAACAAUCAUUUUUCUGAUUUUUGAAAAGAUAUUCAUAUUUUACUCGUAUUUCAAAUUUAUAAAAAUUUUGUGCGAUUUAGAACGAUUAUUUUUCUAAUAAUCUGAUUUUCGAUAUCUAGUGAAUUAAGAUUUAUUAAAAUUUGAACUAGUUUUGGAAUGUAAGCUAUUGCUUUUUAUUAACUAACUUCAAUUCUAUAUUUUAAUUAACUCUUCAAAUUUCACAACGUAAAUCCUGAAAGUUCUCUCUCUCUCUCUCGCUCCACAAACUUGAAUCACACAACUUUGAAAAAUCAAAGUUGACAACUUGCAUGUUUAUUUUCUAAUAUUAAAGUGUCAAAUACGCCUACUGCCCAUGAAGAUGAAAGUUAUGAAAAAACUACCAAAUUAUUACAGUUUAAUAUAGAAAAUGAAAAAUUAUUGAACUAAACUUUUCAUUCCAAAUAGAUUUUAUACUUUUCUUAAAGUUGUGAAUUUGUAAAAUAUAGUAAUAACCUGUGUAAUUAGUUGUAAACAAAUUUUAAAUGCUAUAAAUAUUCAUUUGUACUCAAUUUUUGUAAAGAUUUGCCAACUUUAUCAAUUCUAUUCCGAAUUUAUUAGCCCUAGUUAGAUCGAUGUAUAUUUAUUAUUUAUUUAUUGCCACUGUGACAAUUUCGCAUUACAUUUGAGACUCUAAUCGUUUACAACCUCUAUUUAUUUCUCGAUCUCAAAAAUAAUAAUUCAGAAGUUGACUGCUAUUUCUCUGCUUUGGAUAAGAAUGUAACUUACUUGCAUUGGAAUUUUAUUUUCAAUAAAUCUUAUUUUUCCAGAA